AUGAAGAGUAGCGCUGAAUUGUCGCCCAUUGACCAGUCUCUUGAUGUUUGCCUCCUCGAAUCGCCCGUUCUUCUCGAGCGCCAGGAGAACAAUGUCACUCGUCUUUGGGAAAGUGGUAUUCAGUACAAUGAACGGUGCUUUCGGCUCUACUUCGACUACUAUCUAGAGCAAUGCAGGAUUGCGUUUCAGUCUGGUCGAGGCCAUCUGCCAAUCAGGACGCAUCAACAUAUAAUUAACAUUGCCAACCGCAUGCAGUCCGGAUGCACACGCUCCACAGUUAAAGACUUUAUCGAAGAAAAUCAAUGGACCGGCGAACAGACGUCGGACGAGGCCAUAGAUGCUUCAAUGAAUCUGGCAGCCCGGCUGCUUCUUAUGCUUGACGUGAGUGAAUUCCCGAAUGCAUAUUCUGGUCAGAAGAAGCUGCUAUGGUCGGAAGGAUUGCUGCAGGAGUUUGUCAAGGAGACACUCACGGAAUCAAUACCCCCUGCACCAUGA